AUGGAGGCAGCUGGCAGCAAACUUUUUGCAACGAGCUGCAGAACCGCUUUGGCCUUUGCAGCCACUUUGGGCUUUGCCUUCCCAGCAGAACGGAGCCUGCGGUGUCCGAUGCCUUCAGUCCUGCAAAUGUGCAGAUGCAGCGGAGCGGAAGUAUUGGCAAUGACCUACCAGCUGUUUCUUUGCAAUUGGUCCCUAUGUACCCAACAGAUCAUCUGGGCACUGGCCAGUGUCACCAAAGUGGCUUGCCUCGAGGACAUGGAAGUUCUUCGCCACAAUGCCGACACAGGGUAUUUGCUGGACAACUUGGAAACGAUUCUUUCACCGUGUCGAGUCACCCCACGGAUAGUCCAUGUAGAGCUGGAUGAGAUCAGAACUCACUUGGGAUGGUGGAAUUCUGGUGUCUUUGCAGCCUACUGGGUCUUUGAUGGAGAGCUGCAACUCAAGAAUUCGACGAUCCAGCUCCGAAAGCGAGCUGCUGGAAUGUGA